GGCGAACAUGGGAUCAGCGCAGGACCACCAGUUGACUCAAAUUCUAAUUGUGUUCAUUUGUGCUGCUUGAAAAAACACAGUGCUUCACCAUUUUCAAACGUGGGUAUGAAUCUAUUAAGUUUAUACGAGAUCCCCCUCGCAACGUGGAGAACGAAAUGUGCCAUUUUGAUGGUGACCUGCUGCAUCGCUGGGCAGGUCCGUUUCCAUUCGAUUUGAUCUUGCACACGUUUUAGCAGCUGUUUGUCCUGCAACGCAUAUAUUUAAGAGUUCAUCGGCUUCAUCGCUUCAGGGAUAACUUGUUCUUUUUACUUUUCUUUCAUUGUUUGGCUUCUUGCAGCUGUCUGGUCAUUGGCAAGACGGACAUUUCGAGAGUCGAGUUGUUGUUGACCAGCCGAUGUUCCGCUUGGCAGUUCAACAGCAUUUGCACAACAACACACAAUGAAAUACCACAUGCUGUCGAGGUUGGCGGAUGUAGGCCUAUCGGCAUUUUGUUUUCGUCAAAUUGUUUUCUGUUGCUUUUUGUGCUCAGUGUUCAUCGUGUUGUUACUCAACCGGCCCAGCAGUUUGAACGAUGACGUGUCGACAGAUUUGCCGCCCAGCAGGACCACGACGGCAUUGGUUGAUGCAAAAAUCCAGCAAUUGGAGAGGCAGAAAUUGUUACACGAGAAAUGCCGAGACUUGAAAAAAUUGACAAAGGCCAACCGUCAACGGCGAAAAGUGGGGGCCACUCAAGUCAGGUUAAUCAUUGAGGAUCGACACCGGGUCGUGUACUGCGAUGUUCCUAAAGUGGCCAGCACGAAUUUGAAGCGACUCAUGAUGAUUCUUUCGGGAAAGGUGGAGGCGGACGACUUGUCGUCCAUUUCGCAAUCGGCCAUCCACGCUCGCGUCCACGAAAAGAAAGAAAUCCGAGAGUUGUACGCCAAAAAUUCGAACGACACGGUCAAGAAAGGACUGGGCGACUAUACCCAAUUCAUUUUCGUCCGCCAUCCGUUCGAAAGGCUCGUCUCGGCCUACCGGGACAGACUCGUGAACAAUGAAAUCUACCAGAAAACCAUCGGCAGGGAAAUCGUCCUCAAAUAUCGUCAAAAUCCCAAUCAGCUUUCACUGGAAAUGGGACACGACGUGACUUUUCCCGAAUUCGUCAGAUUCGUCGUCGACGAGUGGAGAGACGCCAAGAGACACUUGGACGUUCAUUGGCGGCCCGUCGUCGACCUUUGCCAUCCGUGUGACAUGCAGUUCCAUUUCAUCGGGAAAUUUGAAACGUUGAACCAAGACGUCGAUUUACUGCUAGGCAAAUUGAACGAAACUAAUCUGAGUCGACUCUUUGCGGGACAGCCGACUAAGCCGAAAACGACGUCGUCUCUGUGGAAGGAAUCGAUGAAGCAAAUCAGCUUCCAACAGCUGACUGACCUCAACCGAAUGUUUGCCGACGAUUUCCGGUUGUUCGGAUACCCGCACUAUUACACCAAAAGAAAAUCGCUUCGAUAAAUCUUCAUUCAAUAUCUUUGUUUUCUAUUGAUUUGUCUGCUAUGAGAAAUAUAAUCUAACCCCGACUGUGUAUCAUCUAAUAUCGCACUAUAGUAAUACAAAAAAGAAAA